AUGAAGCACUUAGUUGCAUUAGAUUUGUCCAGUAAUGAUCUUUUUGGUUCCAUCCCAAAUAGCAUAGAAAAUUUGACCAAACUCACCGCGUUGUACAUUUUCAUCAACCAACUUUCUGGACACAUCCCUCGAGAACUAGGUCGCCUUGUGAACUUAGUGAAUCUGGAUCUUGGCACUAACGCCCUAACUGGUUCCAUCCCAAAUAGCAUAGGAAAUUUGACCAAACUCACAGCGUUGUACAUUUUCAUCAACCAACUUUCUGGACACAUCCCUCGAGAACUAGGUUGCCUUGUGAACUUAGAGCAGUUGAUGCUUAGCAACAACACGCUAACUGGUUCCAUCCCAAAUAGCAUAGGAAAUUUGACCAAACUCACAUCCUUAUACCUUGACAACAACCUACUUUCUAGACACAUCCCUCGAGAACUAGGUCGCCUUGAGAACUUAGAGCAGUUGAUGCUUAGCAACAACACACUAACAGGUUUCAUCCCAAAUAACAUAGGAAAUUUGACGAAACUCAUAUUUUUGUACCUUGACAAUAACCAACUUUCUAGCCAAAUUCCACGAGAACUAGGUUAUUUAGUCAACUUAGACUCCUUGGGGCUUAGCUAUAACACACUGACAGACUUCAUCCCAAACAACCUAGGCAAUCUCACAGAACUCGCUAGCUUGUACCUUGACAAUAACCAACUUUCCGGCCACAUUCCCCAAGAAUUAGGUUAUUUGGCCAACUUAGAGUGGUUGUCUCUUAGAAAUAAUGCACUAACAGGUCCCAUCCCAAAUAGCCUUGGCAAUCUGACAGAACUCAAAAGGUUGUACUUUGGCUAGAACCAACUUUCCGGGCCAAUUCCAUGAGGAAUAGCUUGGUUGUUGAAUAUAGAGUACUUUUAGAGCAUAGUAACAACACACUAACAGAUUUAAUCACAAACAGCAUAGACUAUCCUGUAGAAUUAUCUUUCUUUCACAAGAUGGCCCCGUCCUCAUCCACCCCUCUCCUCUCCCUCACGGGAACAAACCUCCUGCCGGACCCCUCCUCCGCCUCCAUGGUGCUGCUGCAAAAGCUCCUCCUCCUCCGCGCUCGUCCUCACCGCCGCCACGGCCCACGCCCUCGCCGCUUGGUAACUCGACGCCAGCGUGCUCACCAGCGACUAGGCCGCCGGCGGCCCUCGCCGUCUUCGACUGCGGCGCGACCCCUCUCGCCUGCGCCACCGACGUCGUCGGCGCGCUCUCCUGCGAGGCCGCGGCCUGGGCCGUCCCCGAAGCACCCGCCGCCUCCAAGGACAGGGCCGACGUCGCCGCCGACCUCAGGAGGGUCCUACUCGGGUCCUCCAACCGCACGGCCACCAGCGUCCCUACGGCGGCCUCGUUCUCGAGGGUGCCGGGGGCGGCGCGGGCUCAAUGCUCCGGUACUGAAGCUCGGGAACAGGGGUGCCACUGGCCGUGCAGCUUGUACGGUACUAGGUGCAGUCGGUGUGCAACCCCCCAAGCUUCUGUCCUAAACUGGAGUCCCUACACACAGUACACGGCAACACGUGGCUUUGGGAAAAGGAUACAGGAGAGAUAAUAAUAACCUAUCGAAAGGAAGAUACCGAGAAUUCUACCAGUGUGACUUCGACAUUGCUGGAGUCUACGAGCCACUGGAACCAGAUUUCGAGGUUAUCAAAACUCUGACAGAGUUGCUACAUAUAUAGGCUAGAUACUGGCAUGUAUGAGAUAAAACUAAAUCAUAGAAGGUACUCGAUGGAAUGCUGGAGAUCUACGGCUUGCCUCCCGAGAAGUUCGACAAACUGACAUUCGAAGACGUGAAAAAAGAACUGGUGGAAGAGAAGGGUGUACCACAUGAAACACUGAAAAGAUUGGAAGUUCAUGGAGAAUGCUGGGUCUGUUGUUGCCUGGACUGGAAGACUCUGCUCAGCUUAUCCCCGGAUCCUGCUGCUGUUUCUCCCACCAGGCUUGCGUUUGCAACUCAUUUCUAGCACGCCUUCAUAAGCCUCCCGUGCAAUGCUCAGUUCGAAGAGCUCUCCGCGUAGGAUCUCUUCCUGACAUACUCCCUGAACAGCGAUUACCCCCUGACGCUGCCGGUUUACGGCGACUGGAAAAAGCCAGCCGAGUCCAAGGCGAUCAUAUUCCGGCGUGGGUAUUCGACUGAGAGCCAAAAAGGCCAGCUGUUGAUGAAGAAACUUGAUUACCUGCAGUAGAAACUGUUGCAGAAUAUUUUCUUCAGCCUUUCCAAACCCUUGAUGCACCAAGGAGGACACUUUGAUGUGCUACUGGCAGCUCAAAUGGGCGAGGCGACCGAGGAGGCCCUGAUGCCACUGGCCGUGCAACUUGUACGCGGUAGGCGCACUCGACAUUCAACCUCUCAGCGCCGCUCGGGCACUGCCUCUGCGCUACUGCUGCAUAGUGAUCAUGCUACUGACGGAAAGGGCACUGCUUCUUCGCGUGGAUUCUGCAGUGGUUACCCAAGCUAUCGUUUGCUCCCAGUUGUCCUAAACUGGAGCCCCUACAGUACAUGGUGAAGUGAAGAAAGCUAUGAAGAGCAGUGAAUGAAUCAGCGAGGAAGAGAUUGCCUAAAGUUCCCAAGGGAACACGUGACUUUGGGGGAGAUCAUCAAAUGGCCAUAAGGCGGCAUGCACUUUCAGUAAUAACAGUUGUACUACUCCCUCCGUCUCUAAAUACUUGUCUUUCUAGGCAUUUCAAAUGAAUAUCACAUACGGAUGUAUGUAGACAUAUUUUAGAGUGUAGAUUCACUCAUUUUACUCCGUAUGUAGUCACUUGUUGAAAUGCCUAGAAAGACAAGUAUUUAGGAACGGAGGGAGUAUUUGAGAUGCACGGUGUUGCUGAAAUUGAUACACCUGCAUUUGAGUUGAGAGAAACCCUUACGGGCAAAUACGACCUUGCUGAUCAGAUCCAAUUGUAAAGCUAGCAUAGUUUUUUUUUUCUUUUUUUGAAACCUGAAGGUGGCAUCCAGAGAAAACUACUUUCAGAACAACCGAUCAUUUCUCUCGUUUUUAGAUUACUUAAUCGAGUUCAGCCUCCAACUUAUUUCAUUCAUGUCUUCUGUACUGAUGAGCGGUAAUGAGAAUAACCAAAGAUAUGACAAGGUUUUUCUGUAC